UUGACUCAUCACCUCGCCCCUCCAGUUCCCUUCCUCGAUCUCCAACCAUAACCCGCCCACCCCUCCUCCCUUCCAACGAGGAUAUGGAACGGCUUUCGAUCAGCGAGACCCCCGCGGGUGCUCACCACGGCAAUGCGCCGCAGGGCUUUCCCCCCCAGCAGAACAAUACGCUCGGACCGAUGUCGCAAGGGCCCCCGCAAUUACCGCCGCAGAUGUUCACCACGGCGGCUCAGUUGUUGGAUUUGACGGAUAAGAAGCUGGUUCUAGUUCUGCGAGAUGGGCGGAAAUUGAUUGGAGUUUUGAGGAGUUGGGAUCAAUUCGCAAACCUCGUUCUUCAGGAUACCAUUGAGCGUCUCUACGCCGGAAAUCUCUAUGCCGAUAUCCCGCGCGGGAUAUUCCUCGUUCGCGGCGAGAAUGUGUUGCUUCUUGGUGAAAUUGAUCUCGACAAGGAAGAUGAUAUCCCCCCUCACAUCCAGCGAGCGUCGUUCCAGGAAGUGUUUGAGCUGAAAAAGAAGGAAGAGAGCGCGCGGAAAACCGGAGACAAGAAGCGCCAGGGGAAGCUACAGACAUUGGGAUUCGAGCCUGAGCAUAGCGGAGAGAUCCUCUUCUAGACGUGAAGUUCGCAUUUGGUUUCCCUUUUAUUCGCGACUGCCGCGUCGCCUGGGUGUUUG